AUGAAAAUACCACUGACAGCUGGAUUUUUGGGUCAGGCAGCAGAUAGAGAAGCUGCAGGGCUUGUGGUUGAUAUGAUAUGCCAAAAGAAGAUGGCGGGUCGGGCUUUACUACUUGCUGGCCCGCCUAGUACGGGGAAGACAACUCGUGCUCUUGGUAUAUCACAAGAACUUGGAAGCAAGGUUCCAUUUUGCCCGAUGGUUGGAUCUGAAGUGUAUUCAUCAGAAGUGAAGAAAACUGAGGUUUUAAUGGAAAAUUUUUGCCGAGCUAUUGGUCUUCGCAUCAAGGAAAAUAAGGAAGUUUAUGACGGAGAGGUGACCGAACUAUCUCCAGAAGAGAGUGAGAUCAUGACAGGUGGUUAUGGUAAAAGUAUUUGCCAUGUUAUAAUUGGGUUGAAAACUAUCAAAGGUACCAAACAAUUGAAGCUUGACCCCACAAUAUAUGAUGCCUUAAUUAAAGAGAAGGUAGUUGUUGGUGAUGUCAUUUACAUUAAAUCAAACAGUGGAGCGGUUAAAAGAGUUCCAUUUUGCCCGAUGGUUGGAUCUGAAGUGUAUUCAUCAGAAGUGAAGAAAACUGAGGUAUUAAUGGAAAAUUUUCGUCGAGUUAUUGGUCUUCGUAUCAAGGAAAAUAAAGAAGUUUAUGAAGGAGAGGUGACUGAACUAUCUCCAGAAGAGAGUGAGAGCAUGACAUGUGGAUAUGGUAAAAGUAUUAGCCAUGUUAUAAUUGGGAAGAAAACUGUCAAAGGUACCAAACAAUUGAAGCUUGACCCCACAAUAUAUGAUGCCUUAAUUAAAGAGAAGGUAGCUGUUGGUGAUGUCAUUUACAUUGAAUCAAAUAGUGGAGCGAUUAAAAAAGUGGGCAUAAGUGAUGCUUUUGCCACAGAAUUUGAUCUUGACGCAGAGGAGUAUGUUCCACUUCCUAAAGGAGAGGUUCACAAAAAGAAGGAGAUAGUCCAGCUGAUUUCUGUGCUUCUUUUCCACAUGGUCAAUAUUUUCUAUAGCCUAGCUAUGGAAUACCAAAGAUCAUAUUCUGCUGAGGCAAUGAAUCGUAUUUAUGAGAUCAAAGGACGUAAGCAUACAAGUCCUCUGGCGAUUUGUGUUGGUGAUGUUCAUGAUAUACAACGUUACGCUAUGACAGAUCAUCUGCCUCGUGGCUUGCUUGACUGCCUACUUCCAGGACCUGUAACUGUGGUCUUAAGGCGAGGUGAGUCAAGUAUACUUGAGAAGUUAUUAAACCCCAGACUAGAGAGCAUAGGGGUUCGAGUUCCUGACUAUAACUUCAUCAGGGAAAUUGCAUGUGGUUCUAGAAGUGCCCUUGCACUUACUAGCGCUAACCUCAAUGGACAACCCAGUAGCAUAAACAUCAAAGAUUUUGACAACCUUUGGGAGCAUUGUGCAAAUGUCUAUGAUGGCAGAAUUCUUCCGACUGGGCGAGCAGGAUCAACUGUGGUGGAUCUUACCAAGUUGGGAAAGUACAAGAUUCUUAGACUUGGGAGUGCCAAGGAAGAAACUAUUGCUAUACUUGAAAGACACUCCUCACUGGAAGAUGGAACUGGAGAUUAGGAAGCUAUUGUCAAGUUGAAGCUGUUCACCAGAAUAGUAGGACUUGUGGCUGAGUUUUAAGCAUGCCUCCUAAAAACAUGACGCGAUUGUUCUCCCAUUGUUGUCUUCAGAACACUUUCUUGCUUCUAUUUGAAGUGCAAAU